GCCCUGCCGGACUCGGAGCCAUGAUGAGAACUUCCGCUUCCUCUGCCGCGGCUGCAGAGCCCGGCCGCGCCUAGGCCGCGGCGGCUCCCCCUGGAGGCCGUGGCCGUACCCGAGCCGGGCAGGGAGGGGGCGCGAUGCGGCCGCCGCUGCGCUGGCUCCUGACCGGGCUGCUGCUGGGAGCGCUGUGCGAGGAGGCUGCCGCGGCGAACAGCGACCCGCCGGCCCGCUCGACGCCCCCGCAAGGCAGCACCCCCGGGGAGGCGACGCGGAGCAGCAAUGGCAGCAGCAGGGCCCCGCCCGAGCGGGACCAGCCCAUGACCCAGCGCGCCCUGGCUGUGCUCGUGGUGGCCAGCGCCGCCCUCAUCGUCUACUUCGUGAUCCGGACCGUGCGCCUCAGAAAAAGAAACAAAAAGACCCGAAGGUAUGGAGUUUUGGACACCAACAUAGAAAAUAUGGAGUUGACUCCAUUAGAACAAGAUGAUGAUGAUGAUGAUACAACAUUGUUUGAUGCCAAUCAUCCUCGAAGAUAAGUAUGUGCCUUUCAUUGAGAGAAAUCAACAGAAAGAGGAGGUUAUGCAGGAGGAAUAAGAAGCCAAUAUAUCAACAGGGUUGGGGGGGUAUUUAAAUAGUGUAUAUUAUGGUAUGCUUAGUUUGUUGCAAUAAAUACUAUAACAAUUUGUUGUACCUCUUUGUAUAUACAGAAAUACUCUAAAUUCAGAGGGGUUUACACUAAAAUUCAAAACUAUUUGGAAAAGAGAGUCCCUUUUAAAACAGGGUAUUUUCUGCUUAUUUUAAUUCCCUAUUUGUGUAUAUGUAUGGUAUACUUUUCUAUACCAAUCUGGAAUAUGUUCACUUAUUUUUGCCAAUGUAAUAUUUUAAGUCCGUAUCAACAACAUCAUCUUAUGUAUGUGUGAAUUCUGUAGUACGGCUAGAUUUUCUGUAGUUUAGUUGAGAUUCUUUCCCUAUCUUGAAAAAGCUCUGUGCCAAACUACUGCCUCUUUUUUGUUUGAAAUUUUUAACUAAAUGAAUGUGAGUUGCUGUACGUAAACAUUACUUAAAACUGCCAAGUGCACCAAUAAAAUGUUUACAAUAUUCCUAA